AUGUUGUUCGAUUCAGCUGAAUCCUCAUCGGAACGAGGAGGAUUGAGGAAGCGGAUGUUUCCUUGGAAGCGCAUAUUUAAAUAUAAGGAGGUUAUCUUAAUUGGGAAAACGGAAGACUCUUCUGAUACAGUGGUACGCAGUGUCAACGUUUCAGAUUGCUUGGAAGGUAAAUGUGAAGUUGACCUUGAGGGUUUAAAUAAGCGUGAGUCUUACAUAUUAGAAUCUACCGAUGUUUCUAGUGGCGAUAUUCACCCUAUUGCUGCUGGUACUAAUGUCGAGAUUGUAGCACCACCAGAAGUCCAGCCUGAUACCAAUGAGGAGGAAGAGCAAACUCCUCUAAAUAGUGACGAUGACUCGUUGCAAUCACUUGCUACCAAUGCUACUGUUGCUACUGGUGAGUUACGAAGUCUUGAAAGCUCAACGGAGUCUACCAAGGAUGAGGAAAUUGUGGAUAAGAGUGAUUCAGAACAUGAGGACAUAGACGCAGAUGACGAUACCAAGAAGAUUAUCACGAUUGAGCCCAUGGACGACCGUGUUCACAAAACUGAAAGGGUUGGUAGCGAUAUAUCGAUAAAUUCGUGUUUCGGUCUGCAAUUGCUCGCUCUUAUUGAACGUCUUUUCCUUUAUAUAAGGCGUAGGUCUACAGCAAGGUUGAGCAGCGAGAUGUUGAGUGAUUGUAAGCCGCCUAGUAUUUGUUCCGAUUCUCCCAAAAUAGCCAGGCAAAAUAGAUGCGUAUUCCAAGUUGAAAGAAGAACAAAACCAAAUACAUCAACAGCUGUGGUAUUGGAGGGACGUACUGGUACUAACGAUGGUUAUUCUGAUGUGGCCUACAAAAAAUUAGGUUCAUCAAGCAUAUACUGUGCCAGCGAUGGUUCCCAAGAUGACAAUCUUAGUGAGGACUUCGAAACGCUACGGUCUGAAAAUGCACGUAUGCGAUGUGCUAUCUCAUUCCAGGAUCGAAAGAUGAAAUUACUAAGAAGACAAGCAACGCACAACAGCGCUGUGAUGUUCUUUCCGAUUAUGAAGUUUAUAAACAAGGAGUCCCAGUAG